CCGGCGAAAUUGGACCUUACACACCUCCACCACACACCUGCCCACACCUGUCCUGUACCUCCACACCUCACCCACACCUACACACCUGCAAAUCAGCUAAGGAACACGAAAUGAUAGAGAAAAUAUCGAAUUUGUGAAGUCAUAUCGGCGAUUGAUUCUGGUCAAGUGACGGGUAGCGCGGCGAACGGAGACCACCACUUGCGACUUCGCCAGGAUCGGACACUCUCUUGGGGGGGAUCCCGCGCGCCCUCACUCAUAUCCAGCGUACGUGAGGGUGUGUCCACGGUGUCCUAGGGCAGAGGUAACCCUGAAAUGGCUGCUGGUCCUCCCUCGAAAUCAGCAACCCCGGGGAACAGCCAUGAACGAGUAUAGUUUUGCGAAUUCUCAUCCGGUGAAGUAGCUUGGUGGUUCCUCUUUCGCGAGUCCCAGAUGAGCGGUCCCGGCGGGUGAUGGAGAGUGCGACUUAGGUUCAGAGCGGCACAGAGUCAUGGAGAAGGACUCUAUAGGACACGGGGGCUUCCUGUGGCUGAGGAUAAGGCUGUCGGUUCUUCUGAUUGUGGCGGCGAGACUGGUGGUGGCGAACUCAAAGGGAAAUAAUAUAUACACGGUAUCGGAGCUAUGUCAAGACUCGUUCAUGAAGCAGCACAACCGCAUGAUCGAGGGUGCCGUGCUCGGGUCCCGCGGCGAACGGAACCUCAAAUGCGUGGUGACCUUCCAGACAGACUCCAUCCUCCAGCGGUUCAUGCUCCGCUUCGAGAGACUUCAGCUGGACUGCAAUGACCAUCUCUACAUCUAUGACGGUGCCUACGCCAUGGGUGCUCAUAAGGCGGACCUGUCGUGCCGCAACACCCUCCAGAACGUGGGUACCAUCUACACGCAGACCAACCACGUCACCCUCAAGUACAUGACGGACCAGUGGGGCCCCAAGGACAAUGGCUUCAGGCUGCUCAUCACCGCCUUCAAGGACAAGAAGCACACCUGUCUCCAUUUCCGCUGCGAGACCACGAACUUCUGCGUGGACCGCGAGUUGACCUGCGACGGCGUCAACCACUGUGGGGACGGGAGCGAUGAGUCAACCAACCUGGCCCGCUGUCCACCCACUCCCCUGUACGAGGUGCUGGGCGUGUCUGGCGCUCUGCUGGUGGCCAUCAUUGCCUCCGUGGCCCUGCUGUGUUGCGCCUGUGGAGUGGGCGUGGUUGUGUGCUUCUACAGGAGGAACAGGACGCUACAUAACCCCCCACAGAACCAGCAAGCAUACCCUAUAGAGGUCGGGGGCACCAAUGGCACCUUCGGGAGCAUCAUGGUGGAGAAACCUCCGCCCUACCCCGGGGCCCCCCAGCACACCUCGGUCAUCCCCCCAGCCUCCUCACAUCCCACACCUCUCUCUCUCUAUCUCUCCCGACGCAGAUUCGAGUUCGGGAAACCUGCAACGCCCUACGCCAAGGGUGGGGUGCAGUACGCUUCAACGGUACAUCGGUCUCUGCUGCCUGUUUCAGUAAGGGCGUCAGGCUCCGAGAGUGACGUAUCGUCCACCCAAAAGGAAGAAUGGUUUGUAUAGGUGGAGCCGAGCAAGCGUACGUGACUCCCUUGGCGCAGGGCGGCCUCUCGAUGUCCACAAGACGCUCCCCAGGUGGACAUCCGCCCUCUAACUCUAUCUCUAACUCUAACUGUCUAUCUAUUUAUCUGUCUAUCUAUCUAUGGUCUUUCUCCCCUCCUUUUUCUUCUCCCUCCAUUUUCUUUCUUUCGCUUGUUUUCUUCUCUUCUCUCUCUCUCUCUCUCUCUCUCUCUCUCUCUCUCUCUCUCUCUCUCUCUCUCUCUCUCUCUCUCUCUCUCUCUCUCUCUCUCUCUCUCUGUCUGUCUUUAUCUGUCUAUCUAUGAAUGUUUAUUCUUUAUUUCUUUCUUUCUCUCCUUUUUCUCUCUCUCAUUGUUCAUCCUUUUUUUCUCUUACUCUCUCUCUCUUCGUUUUUCUAUCUACACGUCUAUCUACUUAUCUAUCUAUCUAUCUAUCUAUCUAUUUGUAUGUGUUUGUCUUUUCUUCAUUCUUCUGUUUCUCUCUCUCUCUCUCUCUCUCUCUCUCUCUCUCUCUCUCUCUCUCUCUCUCUCUCUCUCUCUCUCUCUCUCUCUCUCUCUCUCUCUCUCUCUCUCUCUCUGUUUCCCUCACAGUUCCUCAUCAGCUACAUAAACUCAUUUCCAAGAUGGUGAUAAUUUUGUGAGGAAAGAAAAAAAAAAGUUAAAUAAUUUGAUGUUAACUGAAUAUUACCUCUUGCUGUGUGUGUGUGUGUGUGUGUGUGUGUGUGUGUGUGUGUGUGUGUGUACAUGGCCCCUACUACUUCGCUUUAGUUUUCACGCACACACGAUCUGACAGCAAUACGUACAUACACAAUGAUCUUAUAUAUUACGUACACACGCACACACAUAUCGACAGUCAUGUACGUUUUUUGAAGUUGUGUAGGUUUAUGCGUACAUACAUAAGUGGACACGCACAUGAGAUUAAACAGAAGGAAAAUUGAUAAAAAAAAAGUUGUAAAGAAAAGGAAAAUAUGCAAAUAAGGAAAAAGAAAGGAAGAAAAAAAGGAAAAAGGAAAAAGAAAUGAGAGGAAAAUAAGGAAAAAAAAAAGAAGACAAAUGGUAAAAAUAAAUAAAAAAGUGGUAAAAAAUAAGUAAAAAAAAGGAAAAAAGGAAAAGGAAAAAGAAAAAAGAAAGUAAUGAAAGUAUAGAAGAGGAAAAUAUUUGACUCAUGAAAAUUUUUGAUUGAUAAAAAAUUCAACAAAGAAAAUUCAAGUUUGUCAGAUAUUAAAAAAGAAUAAGUAAACGAAAAGAAGGAAUAAAAAGAUAGUGAAAAUAAAGUUACCAAGGAAGAAAAUAAUAAUCUGGAAAGGAAAGCAAGAAAAUAAGUGUAGCCAGAUAGAAAAAAAAGUGAAGUUGAUGGAAAAGUGGAAAAGGAAAUAAAGAACAAAAACUAAAAUGAAUAAAGUAGAUAAAGGAAAAUAAACAGCAUAAAAAAACAAACAACAAACAAACAAACAAACAAAUCAUACACAAAACAAGCAAUAAUUAACAACCAUUAAAAAAAUACUUAACCUACUUUCUUUCCAUAUCAAACAAAAACAAACAAACAAACAAACAAACCAUAAACAAAACAAGCAAUAAUUAACAACAAAAAAAAAUUCUUAACUUACUUUCUCUCCAUAUCAAAAACAGAGACAUAAACAAAACAAAACAAACAUCAACAACAGUAACAUCGAAGAACGAAAACAAUUAAAAACAAAAAGAAAACAAAAGCAAUCUUGAAAUCCACCACAACAAGAAACAAUAACAACAAAAACAAUAGCAAACAAAACAACAAACAAAGAAAAGAAAACGAAAAACAGUAACAAAAUCAACAACAAAAACAUCA